ACGUUCAACCAUUAUGCUCUCCCGCAUUGUUUUUAGUAAUACUGAAAGCAUUGUAACAUGCCAAAAAUGACUCGGUCAACAGUAGCAUCAGUUGCGAUCUACCGAAAGCCCAGAAAUACCUAACCACCUACCCCAACACUCAUCAGUACUCAUACUCACCAACCAAGCACCAACCUCUACUUAUAGCUUCAAAGUGUCUUUUUCCUGUACGGCUUUUGGUAUCGUACAGUGGGAGUUCACGAACAUGGGGACCAUUAUUCCACAAAUUGGCAGCCAAAGUGUUUCCUCUGAGUCGAAGUGGUUGUCUGUGAGUGACACAGAUCCGCUGAACUGGGGUGAGGCAGCGGAUUCACUCAAAGGUAGCCACCUUGACGAAGUAAAACGCAUGGUGGCAGAGUACCGCAAGCCAGUGAUCUGUGUGGGUGGGGGAGAAACACUAACUAUAUCACAGGUGGCUGCUGUUGCCAACCAUAACUUGCAGGCUAAGGUUGACCUUUCAGAGUCUGCAAGGGCAGGCGUCGACGCCAGCUGCGAGUGGAUCAUAGAAAACAUUAAAAAAGGGACUGCCAUUUAUGGUGUUACCACUGGCUUUGGUGCUGCCUCCCACAGGCGAACUGAACAAGGCCUUGCUCUUCAGAAGGAAAUGGUUAGGUGA